CGCACACAAACACCAGAACUGAAUUUAAGGUACCACUUCCACUUUUGUCAUGGCUGUAAAAAGCAGACGGUCCCUAGAGCUGACGCGCGUCAACUUAGCCUGACGCUGAAAAACAAGUUGAACUAAAGCAGUGCGAUAAGAGUCGCGAUACAAAAACACUUGAGCAAGUAGUCCUCCGUUUCCAACCGACAGCGGUUCGUGACAAACGCUGUUCAAACCCCGUAAAAUAGGUCUGUGUGUCAGCGCUGCUCCGUCCGAGCAUUUCCGGGUGGUACACGGGGCCGCUCCGGUACAGCCCAGCCAGCAUCAGCUGGUUCAGUCUCCCUCCUCUAUCCACUCAGCAUCCGCCACCGGAGGCCGGGUCACAAACAUAACCUACCACUUACCGACCGAGACAGAUUUCUAAUUGAUGAUUUGCAGUUAAAAGCUCAAGCGGGGAGCAGCGGCCAGGGGUUAUGGCGGCGUCGCUACUCUCCGAGACCGACAUCAGGCACCGGUCCAUGGCGGAGGAGGAUCCGAACGGGAAUGAGCACGGGGCGGCUGCACGCAGCGCGGCGCCUCGCUGGGGACCACAGCACGCCGGAGCUCGACAGCUAGCACGGCUCUACUCUCCCGGUAAGCGGCUCCAGGAGUGGUUGUGUGUGAUUCUGUGCCUCUUCCUCUUCAUCAUCAACUUCUCCUUCCUCCUCCUCCACUUCUCCACCGUCCACAUCUACAAGAUCAUCCUCGGCAUCGUCCUAGGAAUAGUAACGGCAGACUUUGCAUCAGGGAUGGUACACUGGGGUGCGGACACCUGGGGAUCUGUGGACAUACCUGUUAUUGGCAAGGCAUUUAUUCGACCAUUCAGGGAACACCACAUCGAUCCAACCGCCAUCACUCGCCACGACUUCAUUGAAACCAAUGGUGACAACUGUAUGAUCCCCAUCCUGCCACUGGCUCACAUGGCCUACAAGUUCCUCACAUACACACCAGAGGCCCUGGUGGCAUCAUAUCCCUGGGACUGCUAUAUCUUUGCCCUGGCGGUUUUUGUGACACUGACCAAUCAGAUUCAUAAGUGGAGCCACUCCUACUUCGGCCUCCCGCACUGGGUCACAUUGCUCCAGGACUGGCAUCUGGUGUUGCCACAGAAACACCACCGCAUCCACCACGUCUCGCCACAUGAGACAUACUACUGCAUUACUACAGGUUGGUGUAACUACCCACUGGACCAGCUGGGCUUUUGGAGAAGGAUGGAGCAUUUGAUUGAACGUCUGACAGGGCAAAAACCACGAUCAGAUGUACUGGCGUGGGCCAAGAAGACUGACUGACUAAUAAACACAAAUACUGUACACAGAAGAAAGGAUGGACGGAUGGCCUUGCAGAUGCAAACACACAGAAAUAGAGAUGGAUGGGGAGAAAUACACAUACAUUUUGACAUUUUACAUUUCUGUGCUUCUUGCUUUUUUUUUUUUGCUAAAGAGCAGAUAUUAAAAGAAAGUUUGCAAAAAAAAAAAAAAAAUCAAAGACCAUACAAGUAAUUAGUGGAUGCUGGAGUCUGUAGUUUAACAAGCUUUGAAUGUAGGAGAUGAAAACAUCACUAGAUGACAGCUCUGCUCCAACAGCCAGUCAGCUUGUAGGCCUCUUUAACCAGUGAGGGGUGGUGGUGGUGUAGUGUGUAGGAGGGUUCUGGAGGUUGGACUCUCCAGGAGUGACACCAUGCUGCCUUCACAGGCAGCUUCUUAUACCACACCCAUACAAACGUGUGUGUGCGCGCACACACACACACACGUAGACACAUAAAAAUUGGAAGUCAGAUUUUCAGUCACUGUCUUUUCUGAUUUCUUCUUGUCUGUUAUUUUCUUAGUGUUAAGGUUGUUUUCAUUUUGAAAGCCCCUUCUGGAAACAUCGCUCUGUUCAAAUUCUCAUAACGGCAUUUACACACGAGAAGGUGAAAAUAUGACUGUGCUCUGAAUUAAAUGUUUAAAAAACACACUUGUUAAACAAAUACAUGUCCCCAUCUUUUGUGCCUAACCAUGAGCCAACUGUGGAGCAAGGCAGGAUACAUAGGACCGGGGGGACAGACGUGUUAAAAAGAUUUGAUAUUGAUAUACUGUAUACACACGUGAGCAGUGGAGCUGUAGGUGGAUACUUAGAACUGUCACAGAUGGAUCAGUGGUUAUGAGCAAGUAAAACAAUUAUGGAAUCCAGUUUUCAUUAGUUGUUGUUAACAACACUUUGUUCAUUCCAGCUGUGCUUUGGCCAACUCUACUUACAGUAUGUAGACAUUUUUCACUGAUUUUGUACCGAAAGCCGCCGUGGAGCAGUUUUGUAAACGUACUUAGGUGACUUAUAAAUGAAAAUAUUUACUGUAACAUUUUAAAAACUAAUCAGUGAGUUAUUGCAUUCAUCUGCAAGGCAUUUUAAGAAAUUUAAAUGAGAAGCUGCAUUUCAUUUGAGUUCCUUAUGAGUUUAGAUUUGUUAGCAGAUGCAAUAGGUUAGAUGUAGUAAACAGGUGUUUAAUCUUUUUGCACUUUCAUGCAAAUUAACGGAUGGCCAGUCUUACUCAUUGUUUGAGUUUGUAAUGAGAAGGAGUCCAGGAAAAAUGAAAGGGAGAGUCAGAGUUCCAUCUUUCUAGACAGAAAUAACCUUGGAGUCUUUAUUGACAAGAAUAGUAUAACCUUUUAGAAAAUAUAUUUAUUUGCUCCUCAGAGCCUUUAAAACUCAGUAAUUAUCAGGAUAUACUGCAUCUUGUCUGAUUUAGACAAAAAUUGAAGUCUUUGCUACCUUCAGAUAGAGCCAGGCUAGAUAUUUUGUUUUUUGAGUGAAGCCCAUUUAGCUGGCUGCUGGGGGUAGAGCUUAGUAUUUAGUGUCAGUGGUGGAAAAAGUGCUGAGAUUGUUUACUUAACUAAUGUAGCAAUACCACAGUGUAUAAAUACUAUGUUACAAGUACAAGUUCUAAAUGUUGCUUAAGCAAAAGUACAAAAGUACUGUCAAAAUAUACUUAAAGUACCAAAUUUAAAGUGCCAUAAAUACCACUAAAGUACCAUAUUGGAAGUACUCAAGAAUGGCACAUGUUACAUUGAUGUAUAUCUUAUUAUUUGAUUAUAAUUGCUGAUGUUUUAUUGUGUUCAUCACUUUAAUGUUGCAGCUGGUAAAAGCAGAACGGAUUAAACUGCCUUAUAUACUUAUCAUUUGAAUUUUCCACUAGAGAUCAGUAAACUCUUAUGAAUUCACUGUAUUUUGUGUAGUUAAUUUGAUUCUGAAACCUUUGUUUAGCGUACAGUCCUAAGAGUGGUAUCAGUCUUGUCAUCUGUUGGCAGGAGAGUGCACAAAUGUUUGUAUGUCAUCAAAGAACAGAAAUGAAGCUGGAAUGGGCAAAGUCUGCCAUGAAGUGUUGAUGACAUGUUGAUGGUCUAUGUCCUCUACUAGUUUCUUUCCACUGCUUUAACAUAAAGAGGAACCGACUGAAGUAGAACCUUUUGGCAUCAGUGGUUUCUUCUCAGUGCGCCACAAACACAGCUGUAGACAGAAGUCAUUUCAUGAGAAGUUCAGUUUGCUGGAGGAUGCUUGUUGCAGCCCCCAAAGACAAUAAAAUCUGUGCUUCAUUUGUCUUUAUUUUAGCUCUUCACCCCUAUGCUGUAUGACUAGGGGCAGCGAUCUCUUAACUGGUUAUUGCCUCCAAAUCUUACUUUUUGAUUCCACAAUCACCAGGCAUUUUAGCUCAAAAAAGCUCGACCACAGCAUCAGCUCUAUGUAAUAAUUUGGAUUUUUGCUUUUCUGAUUUACUGAUUUGAUCUGUUUUGCUCAGUAAGGAACCACUUGAUAUAACUAACAUUCUCAGUAUUUCAUAAAUAGCUGCACCUAUUUGAAUCAUGUUAGAAAUGUUGAUUAUUCCUGUGUCCAUAUCCUAAAUUCUCUCAUAGAAAAUACUAAAAACUCUUGUAAGCUCUUUGAAAGAUGCUAAUUGGUGCCACUGUCUACCGCACUGUGCUGCAUAUUUGACUGCAACUGUAAAUAUUAAACACUCAACAACAAGAAAUGUUUCACAAAAUCGCUAAACCUAAAUCAGACACACAUUGAAGAAAUGCAUGGUACAAGUUGCUUGUAGAUGAAUGCAGGUGAUGUCUCCCAUCUCUCUGAUUUUUGUUUACAUUUCAUAUGGUGACACAUGCACUUUAGUUAGCUGUUACUAACUCUGUACUCCAGAGUCUAGCUGUUCGACUCAUAGUUUAUUCCCUUCAGUCACCUAAGGUCAAUAAUAACAGCACUUUAUUGUUUUACUGAGUAAAUAUGUAAAAAAAUGUGUCCUGCAAGCAGUCGUUCAUUCAUGAUUACACACAUACAGAUUGUCACACAACUCCUUAGCAUGCGCACACACACACACACACACACACACAUAAAACUCUUGAAUACAGAUGAAACACAUACACACAUGCUGUUCCUCAUGUUAUGUUGUUCUCUCUGGCUUUAUAAUUUUCUUUUUUUUUUUUUAUUAACCUUGUAUAGUUAAAAUUCUGAUGUUCCAUUUUGCAGCUCAACGCUUGCUGCUCGUCUGCCUUAAUGUUUUUAUCUGCUCUUUGAUUUAAAUAAAGGUUUGCUAA